UACGUCUUAGCAUUUAUUACUACCUUACUCACUGCAGUUCCUACACUUCGAAAGUAGAGAUCGGUCGCUACAUUCUUUGAGUUUUGACUACUAUUAUGCCGCCUAAGAAGGAUACCAAGGGGUCUUCGAAACAACCACAGAAGACACAAAAGAAAAAGGAGGGUGGAUCUGGUGGUAAAGCCAAAAAGAAGAAGUGGUCCAAAGGAAAAGUACGUGAUAAGUUAAACAAUCAAGUAUUGUUUGACAAAGCCACAUACGAGAAAUUACUAAAAGAAGUACCUCUCUACAAAUUGAUCACACCAUCUAUUGUCAGUGAAAGAUUAAAAAUUCGUGGAUCACUUGCCAGGAGCGCAUUGAUGGAAUUGCAACAAAAAGGACUUAUUAAACAAGUUGUACAGCAUCAUGCACAACUUAUUUAUACGCGUACCACUAAAGGUGAUGAUCCGGCUGCAUAAUUUAUUCUUACUUUUAAUAAAAAAUAUUAAUAAAUUCAAA